UUGUUUUUCAGUCAAAAUUGCAAGAAGAAUUUUUUGUUCCAUGUUGAUCAUGCACACUUGGAUCAUUUGCAUUUACAUGUAUUUCGAUUAAAUAACGCACCAGCCAUUGCCAGAAAAUUUCUUCUGAGUUUCUCCGUCAAAGAGAGGCAUGCCAAUUCCAUAGAACCACUGAGGUGCCAUUGACAAUGACCCUUAGCAGCAAGUCUACAUUUGCCAUAACCCAGGCCAAUCCCACGCGUCAAUGACCCAUGUCUCUGGGUCGAAACCCUUGCCAGUUUUGUGCAUGACCUGAUCACGAUCAUGUCUCCAAAGUUUUGACCAUGUUUGACCAAGCCGAACAUGCCUACAUGUUGCUCCUCCAUGUUGCAUCAUCUUUCAAAUCUGUCCAGGUGGACCAUAAACCUCCAUGGAUUUCAGAUUGUGUGAAGUAUGAAAAUGGGCGUCAAGUUAACGGUCAAGCGAUAAUCGUUGAGUGGGCUAAAGGAAAUCCAAGGCAGCCCAUGGUGAGGGGAUAUGAUGAAUGCUAUAAAUGCCACAGUGUAGGACACUGGGCUCGAGACUGUCCAGAGGAGCGUUAUGGAGGUUACGGUGGACGAGGCGGAGGCGGAGGGGGUGGUGGGGGCGGUGGCUCUUGGGGACGUUCCAAUAGGAGAAAUCGAUCACCUUCUCCUCGCAGAAGACGACGAUCACGUUCAAGGUCCAGAGACAGGAGACGUAGUCGGAGUCAGAGCAGUGACCGAAAGCGCCGGAGUCGGGACCGAGAGAGCAGACGCAGAAGCAACAGAAGCAGGAGUCCCAGUGACGACAGACGGAAGAGGUCAAAGAGCAGGUCCGGUAGUCCAAAGAGGAAGUUAGGCAGCAAGUCCAAGAGCAGAUCACUUUCCAGAUCAAAAUCCAGGAGUCCGUCAAGGAGUCCUGAGUUAAACGGAGACAAGCAAAAUCAAAGGUCACGGUCACGAAGUCGCUCACCUAAAGCACGAAGUAGAUCAGCAAGCCCCAAGCCAGACCAGUUCUGAAGCUGAACAAUUAUGUCUUAAACAAAAAUGGUGUUACCUGGAUUUUACAGACUUCGAAAUGUUAUGCCUUAUGAAUAUGUUUAUAAAUAUGACUGAAAUUAGCAGAUCUGUGUUUAUAAAAGCAAGCCCUACAGGGCCUUCAUUAAUAUUCUUGUAUUUUGACGGAUCUAUCCUCAUCCAUUGUGAAGGCAUAUUUUGGCAUAAGAUACUUAUUUGUUCUGUCGUUCGUUCAUCAUUGUGUUUUAUCAUGGUGUGAGUUUUUUUGAAAGUUACUCGUGGCAGGUUUAUUAAGAAUUUUGUCAUUUUAGUAGAGAGGUGUCAGUUCUUUUAUUUUGUAGUACAUCAGUUUGUUUACAUCAUGUACUGCAAGACAUUACAACUGGUAAUAUUUUAUGUAAAAUCAUGCAUUUUUUUGUCAUUACAGUAAUAAUAAAAAUCUUUUAAAAGAU